AUGCCGCUCGAGGAGAUGGUCUUCGGCGAAGAAAUCUCCAGGCAGGAGGAUGAAGCCUCCGGAUGGAUUGUUGCCCACUCUCGGAAGAAGCAGCGUCAGGAUUUUACGCCCGGCGACAGCCCUGGCCUCAGUGCCGGUAAUAGUGCCGCCCGUCCAGCGCACCCGAAGGGGCCGAUGAACAAGCUCAUCGCCGCGACGCGCCUGCCACGAUUGCCUAAAGAUCACUACCGGGUUGUCGUGCGUCCAAAGGGAGGCAUGGAUGUGCGCAAGGCAGAGGAGGAUAUUGUUUGUGCCAAUGAAAUGCAGAACAUUUUUGUGAUCAGCACGCCACACGCUAGGAACGCGGAAGCCUACGCUAAAGUGAAGCGAAUUCGCGUGGGAGAAACGCUCCAUGAAGUCUCUACUUAUGUGACGCCACCCGGAGAUACGUGCAGAGGAGUUGUUCGGGGUAUUGACCCUGAGCUGUCUGACGACCGGCAUGGUGAGCUCUUCGUGCACGCGAGAAAUCCGAAGGUUCUCGGAGUACGGCGCAUCAAGCAAACGCCCACGGUGAUCGUCCUGUUCGACGGUAUGAAAGUUCCAAACUACGUCAUGUGUGGGACGAACAUGAUCAGGUGCACUCUCUACCGACGACAAAUCGACGCCUGUCGAACCUGCGGAAAACUGGGACAUCGCUCGGACGUUUGUCCUACCCCUACGGUCAUCACCUGCCCGGACUGUGGGGUCUCAUCGCCCCCUGAGAAUCACACGUGCCAGCCGAAGUGCUCCAUCUGUGGAGCGCAUCCGACGGCAGAUCGGGCCUGCAAAAGCAGGUACCAGGUCCCCUACAUCGUUCGGCGUAGAAGGCGACGACGCAGAAAAGCAAACAAGCAUCGCGGGGAGUUCGUGCCACAGCAAGCUGCCGGGCUCGGAGUCAACCAGGGGGGCGGACUUGAUACUCCUGGACAGGGUGCGGGUCACCGCUCUCGCUCGAUGGAUAGGUCUGCCUCCUGUGUCCGGAUUCAACAGGAACCUACCUGGGCUGAACGAGUUGGCCAAAAACGUGAGUCUCGCACUAUCGUGCAGCGCCAGUUGCCAGAGCAAGCUACGGCUAGAAUACAGCAGCUAGAGCGUGAGAAUGCAACUCUGAGGAGUGAGCUUCAGGAGAUUAAAGCAUUAGUUGAGGAGCUUAGGCAGCGCGAACGCACGCCGGAAGGGGCGGUGAAAGUGCAGCAGGCCGAGACACAACCUAGAGGCGCAAGGGAUACCACGCCGGACCUGGCCUUUGUCAGGAACGUCGAGUGCCCUUUCUGGCAGAACUUGCAUGAGAACUUGGGGAGUGACCAUUUCAUCGCGUCUAUCUCCCUCGCGAUUAAAGCACCACGGCCGCAGGUUUUCAAAAUUGUUGAUUGGGAUGCCUUUCGGGAACUCAGAAAGAGCGAUGAAAAUGAGUACGAUGAUCUUGGCCAGCUACUUGAGCGGCUUAAGACAGAUGUCAAAGCUGCCACUAAGGUGGUGGAGACGGAUCUCAAAACCGAGCGCAUGGACAGCCGCCUAGCGAGGCUCCUUGAAGCCAAAAACUCCAUACUUAACAGAUGGCGUACGCAGCGACUCAACAGGCGGCUCAGACGGAAAAUUGCUCUACUCAAUCAGGAAAUUGAGUCGUACAGCCAAACCCUGGCUAGACAACAAUGGGAUGAGGUCUGUAACGCUGUCGAUGGGCAGAUGCGGUCAGGGGCAAAAUGGAACAUUCUCAAGCACCUCCUCGGAGAUAAGCAAACUAAAUCUAAUCAGAGACACACUGUUGAUCGGCUCAUUCACAAGGAGAGGUCUGCUGGACUCUCCGAUGAUCAAAUCUUACAACAGCUGGCGGAUAGGUACCUCCCCCUGGGGGCUACCACGGAUGCAGACUACCCGAAUUUUUCCGGCCUGGAGCAUGCAGUGCUGGACUCCCCCUUCGACACGGCGGAGAUUAGGGCGGUCCUUUUCAAUCUCAAUGGAAAGUCGGCUCCCGGGCCGGAUGGUAUCACUAACAGGCUACUUAAAAAUCUGGACGAUAGAUCCAUUGAGCUUCUAACUGACGAGGUCAACCGGGUGUGGGAGUCGGGGCAGGUGCCGGAGGAGUGGCGAACGGCCUCUGUCGUCCUCAUUCCCAAGCCUGGUAAACCUCUCGGACUCGGCACGCUCCGACCAAUCUCGCUCACGUCUUGCGUGGGUAAGGUCGCAGAGCAUGCAAUCCUUAACCGAAUCUCCCAUCACAUUGAACACUACGAGCUCUUUCCUUUCAAUCUCAUUGGCUUUCGUCCCGCGCUCUCUACGCAAGACGUUAUGAAAAUGAUUAAACAUCAGAUUCUUGAAAUAGACACCACAGAUGUUCGAGGGAUUCUUGCACUCGAUCUGGAGAAAGCUUUUGAUGAUAUCUCACAUGCCCACAUACUGGAUUCGAUCUCCGAGUUGGGAUUGGGGGCCCGCUUUUACGGGUUCGUCCGCUCUUUUCUCAGGGAUCGCGUUGCCACAAUUCGGCUCGGGGACCUCUGCUCCAAGGAAUUUCACCUUGGACCUAGGGGAACCCCUCAGGGAUCGGUCAUUUCGCCAUUAAUUUUUAACAUCGCGAUGAGGAAACUCUCACUCGAACUCGCUCGUAUCGGCCGCAUCGGACAUGCGCUGUAUGCGGACGAUAUUACUAUAUGGUGCACUGGGGGUAGAGACGGAGACGUUGAGGAGUCCCUCCAGCAGGCCCUCAGGUGCACGGAAGAGUUUUUGGAUAGCACGGGGCUGCACUUGUCGACCGUCAAGUCGGAGCUUCUCCUGUACACACAGCAGAAGCGCAAGUUCACCACCAUUCCAUUUCCGCCGGAAGAGAUUAGGAUCAAAAUUCACACACGGUAG